AUGGAUACAAAUGAUUAUGAGAAGACGUUAAUUGCGCUUGAAGAAGUAUUAGCAACAGUUACAACAACAACAAAAUUAUUACCAACCGGAUGUCCGAAUGUAAUUUGUACCGCAUUACCCAAUCAUUGGCGUAGCAAUAAAUCAUUACCAUUACCGUUUACCGUAUUUGCAUUAGGACCGGUUCCGGAUGGAACACUUGUUACGGUAACAGCCGGAAAUGAGGAAAAUUGUUGUGCUGAUUUACGAAAUAAUCGUACACAAAUGAAUGGACAAAUUGCUCGAUUUAAUGAUUUACGAUUUGUUGGCAAAAGUGGACGAGGUAUAAAUUUUUUUAAUUUUUAA